AUGGCUGAUGAGACCACUGACAUUUCUAAUAGAGAACAGCUCGUUAUUUGCCUCCGAUACAUCGAUGACCAGUUUGUGCCACAAGAAAUUUUUGUUGGCUUUUAUGAAGUCGACGACAUUAAAGCCGAUACAAUCGUUUCUACAAUCACUGAUACCUUGACCAGAUUCAAUAUUCCUUUUAAUAAAUUACGGGGUCAGUGUUAUGAUAUGGCUGCCUCAAUGGCAGGGUCAAAGAGUGUAGUUGCAAAGCAAAUUUUAGAGAAAGAGUGCAGAGCUCUUUAUCCGCGACGUAAGGAUCAGCUUCUUACUCCUCGUCUCUGGAACAGACGCUCUAACCACUGCGCCACGCCAAGUUGUGACUUCCUCAAUGAUACAUGUGGAUGGUCAACCCCAGAUAAAAAUGUUAAGUAUGUACGAUUCAUCGCAAUCUGUGGCUUUCGUGGGAGUCUAAAGGCUUGUAUCCUCAGUGAUUGGUUCCAAGAUGGCGAUCCUUGGACUCCAAGGCAAAUUCAUUCCAUCAACCUGAAUGGAAUUCCCGUAAAUAUCAGCGAAAGGCUUUAUCAACUCAGCAACACAUUCGUCUUAGCGACGAUACUCAUAUAUUCGGUUCCACCUCCUUUUCAAAGAGUUAGCGAUAUUGUUAGUAGUGAAAUUCCUCUUUCAAUGGAACACCGCUGUCUGCAGUACAGUCAUCUUGUCCUUGGGAAUGCAGCAUUAGUUGUUGCAUACAUCAAGGACUAUUUUGAACCGUUUGAGCUUUCUAAUUAUUUGAGCGUGCAUGGAAAUUCUUUCAUAAUAGAAUUUAGUACAUCAUCGACCAUUCUACCUGUUGGAGUCAAAUUUAAGAUUGUGUUUCGAGCUGUCUAUGACAUUUUUAACACCUAUGGGCUAGUGUUUCUCUACAACAUCUCAAUAACGGAAGGCGUGUGCAAUAGUUGUAGUCCUGACGAAUUUCGGUGCAGUCCGUAUCGUGUUGAAUGUGUUCCACUUUCCAGAGUUUGUGAUCUCCAACCCGACUGUUUGAACGGAGAGGACGAAAAAGGAUGUGAUUUUACUGAUCUAAAAUUCCUUUGCACAACCAACUUACAAUCGACAUAUUUGAAUGCUUCUGUGAUACAGGAAGAAAAACAAUGGAAGAGAUCGGUUGAAAGCAAAAGAUUUCGUGCAUCACAAACUAUUCGUCUGAAAAUUUGUUAUGAUGGACACCAAUGUCAAUCUGACCCUUCAUAUAUAUGUUUCCUCUCCUGUCCUAGCAGUUGUACGUGCUCUGGUCUCUCUUUCAAUUGCUUAUUAAAUAACGCGCCAGUUUUUGCAACCUCUGUAACUUUUACUGGUCUUGUGCAGAAAAUAUUGACAUUUAAUGAAAGUUAUUUGAAUUUAAAAGAAAUUAAGAUUUUUCAUUGCAAAUUGCAAAUAUUAUAUGUUAGUUCUGUGGUUUUUAUAGAACCAUUACACAUAAGUCACAGUUUGAUUGAUAUUGUCUUGAUUGAAGAUGAAACUGAAUAUCUUCGAUUUGUUAGUGUAGUAAACAGUUCUUUUGAAUAUAUAAGGCUCUGGAAUAAAAUAAAACAUACAUUCAAAUUCCAUGUUCACAAAAGCACCGUGAAAAAUUCCACUGAUAUAUUGAUUGCUGAUAUGGUUGGUGUACAUGUAGACCUAUCGGAGUCUAGAGGCUUUCCCUUUAUAAUUCACAGUUUUUAUGACAAUCCAUUAGUUAAUUUUAGUUUUUGCAAUUUAUCUGUUCAACCCAAUUCCGUCAUAGAAACUGUCACUCUUGAUCUAAGUUAUAACCUUUUAACCAAGUGGCAUAUGUCACCUGUGGUACAAAUUUUGCAUCUUCAAGGGAACUUACUUGAAACAAUUAAUUUUACAUUUGAUUUUAAAAAAUCCGAAGCACGUUUACAAUACCUUGAUCUGUCCCAUAACUAUAUCAAGAAUAUUGAGAAAGACGAAUUUGUAGAUUUACCCAAUAUUCUUUACUUAAAAAUCAGAAAUAAUAGUUUACUUGAUAUUCAUGAAAAUGCUUUUUCAGUCAUUUCAAAUCUCAUAGACUUAGAUUUGUCAAAUAAUCGUCUUUGCUUACUAAAACGCAGCCAUUUUAUUCAUCUUUCAAAUAUAAAAUAUCUGUAUUUACAAAACAACAAUAUUAAAGUUAUAGAAGGGAUGUUUGACGGUCUUAUAAAUAUUCAGUAUCUUCAAGUAGAUUCCUACACACUUUGUUGUGCCCAACCAAAGGCCGUAGGCAAAAUUCGGUGUUUAGCACCAGUAAAUGAGAUAUCCUCUUGCUAUAAUUUGAUAGACACUCCACUUCUAAGUAUAAGUAUUUGGUACAUAGCUCUUUUAUCUGUGUUCGGAAACUUACUAGGCCUUCUUUAUAGACUUCUUGUUUUAAAGGAGAGGAAGGUAACGUCAUUUGUCAUUUACUCUAUUAACCUUGGAUUAGCAGACUUCUUCAUGGGAGUGUAUCUCUAUAUUUUAGCCGGUGCAAAUCUAAUGUUUAGUGGCCGAUAUGGUUUUGAGGACGACUCAUGGAGACAGAGUCCUCUAUGUACUUUUGCUGGUGUUUUGGCUACUACUUCUAGUGAGGCAUCUGCUCUGUUUGUUCUUUCAAUUACAAUAGACCGAAUUGUUAUUAUACGAUUUCCUUUUUCACAAUUUGAAAAAAAUCGUUUGGUUGCAAAACUGGUUUCUGUUUUGGUUUGGACAAUUUCCCUUUCUUUGUCCGUAUUGCCUCUGUUCGGAAACCAGUAUUUUAAUGACUAUUAUUCUAGUUCCGGUAUAUGUAUUUCCUUACCUCUGUCCGUUUUACGUAAACCCGGGUGGGAAUACUCUAUGGUGAUCUUCGUCGGAGCUAAUUUCCUUAUUUUCAUAGCGAUAUUACUGGGACAAUUUGUUAUCUUUACUGAUGUUGUUGGAAUGGGAAAAGAGGUGAGCUCACAACGCACUACACAAAAGAAGAGGGAAAUCAAUUUGGCUAAAACUUUGAUAAUGGUGGCAGUUACAGAUAUGUUUUGUUGGAUUCCUAUCGGAGUAAUUGGACUUCUUACUUUCUUUGGCAUCGAUGUCACAGCUAAAGUGUAUGCCUGGGUCAUUGUCGUAGUUCUUCCAAUAAAUUCAGCAUUGAAUCCAAUUAUCUACACAUUUUCGGCAAUUUUGAGACGCAGAGGACAAAAGGUAUGA